AUGGUGGUGAAGCUGGAUGUUUUCGGGCCACUUGAUGUUAUUGCAGGAAUAUCUUGUGACCAUAUACCUUCUAUUAUGGAUUGUUUCGGUGCUGAAAUAUCUGUAUCAAUUGUUGAACGUUGUUUCUUGAGGGUCAUCAUGCCACCCAGAUUCCUUCGCGGUAGAGGCAAAGGACCCGUGUCAGGUCAUGAUCACGAGGCCGGGCUGUCGCAUCGACGUACUCCUUCCAUCACCAUGAGCACCAGCCCGCAAGAGCCAUGGAGGCUCUAUAUUGAACAUGGAAGGCGAUCUGUAUCCCUUAGCUCCUCUCCUUCGUACCAACACUCUUUUGGGCCCCAUUCAGAAAACGAGCCCAACAACCAGCCGCCAGCUUUCAUACCUCUUCAGAGAUCCAACUCUCAUCACUCUUUUGGCGACCCAACACCCGUUUUCCAAAGCCGAUUUAACCCGGCUAACCUUUUGCCAGAACCCGUGGGUUUCAACCCACUUGGACCAGAAGACCACUUUUCAGGGGAAAACGACAUGGAUGAGGAUACUGACCCCGUGGAGCCUGCAUCAGGAACGCCGAAUCAUCCCAUUGAGAUCUCAGAUGGGUCGUCAUUCCAUGGAUCGCCAUACCGCGGACCGGACAGUUUUAUGGAGAAAUUCAACCAGUAUGAUUGGUAUUUCACCCCGUCUGAGCACUCGCAUCACAAGCAGCAACAGGAUCCUUCGGAGGAAGAGGACCCAUAUAAUGGUGGUCCGUCAAGCCCUAUACCAGAUGUCAACUCAGUACCUGUGGUACCACCUUUGGGUUUCGAUAACCCGAUUCCUGCGUAUGCUGGGUCAGCGGCAUACAACCCAUUCGAGCAGCCGGCGCACACCCACUACAACUACAACUACGGUUAUGCGGAGGUAGAUCCGUACCAAGUAGCUCGGGAUUACAAUGCCCUUCAUCCUGAAGGACCAUAUGGAGGGCCAUGGACUACUGGUUACCCGACUUAUGGGUACCAGCAUCAGCCACCUCCUCCACCGGUGUAUCAGCCGCCACAGCCACAGAUUCAGCAGGAAGUCCUUGAGAGGCUAAACCAAGUUGAACAAGAAGUUCGUGAAGACCGCAGAGAGCGGCAAGGUUUCUUCAAAGGGCUGUCAGACUUGCUUAAGGGGAAGUCGAAGAGGAGGGGUCAUUGA